AUGUUUCCUUCCUCGGGCUUUUUUGCCGAUAUAAACUGCCUCUUCUCACAACAUGGGCGUUGUGAGCGGCCUCACUGUUUAUACAAACAUCCUACAAAGCAGGCGCGGGACUGGUUUGCUGUCUCAUUUGAAUCAUCCAAAGUGGACUUCACAGAAGGACAGAGGCCUUAUACGGGCUGUGGAGAUGACUGCCUUCAUGAGCUGGAGCGGAUCAACAAGGAGAUUGAAUCUGUAAGGCAUGAGGUGGAGCAAGAGCGGAGGAGACUGUCACGCUACCAGACUGUACAGGCAGACCACAUAAACAACACGCCUGCUUCCAAGCAUGAGUCUGGGAGUAAAACUGUAGACAGAAAAGCUUAUGGGCCAUCGUCUCGCACAGAUUUUACUAAAGCACACCAGCGAGGAAAGAAGUAUGUGGUUGACAACUCAAAACCGAGGACUGAUUUGGAGUAUGACCCACUGUCCAACUUUUCUGCAGAUUUGCUCUCUUUCAGCUCAUUGACAAAGGACCGGAAGUUGAAAAGUAGACAAGUAAAAGACAAAAGUCCGGAAAACACUGCCCCAUGUAUUGAUAAAGAACCAUUUGCGUAUCAGGCUCCGAUUUCCCGAUCACCAUCUCCGGAGCCACUUGAUGUCUCUUCUGAAGGUGAAGACCUAAUUAUUGAUGUUCCUCCUUCUCCUGACAAAACGGGUCAGAGAACUGCUAAGUCUGUAGCAGGUAAAUCCUCUCAGGUGACAGCAGUGGAGGUAACGGAGGAAAAAAAAGAGCCUAAUUUACCUGAUUCUCCAUCACUACAGUAUAAAAUACCUCUGUCUUCAUCAGAUUCAAAUAAAACUCAUCAUUAUGUUGAAAACAGUCAAGAUUUACUAACUAUACGUGCUGACAAAGAGUCUGAAGAUCUAAAAAAUGGUGGCAAUGUAGUGGACUUAACAGGAAGUCUAGAAGACCUUGUAAAUGAAUGUCAAAAAAUUACUAAAUCAGUAUUGGAGAAGAUCCCCGAACAACAAGAUCACAACCUGAACAAUCCUCAGUGUGACCUGCCCAGUAUCUUUGAGAAAAUGAAUCAGCAGAAGACACCCAGGAAUUUACUUUUUUGUAAAUCUCCAGCCUCUAACUCAUCACGCAGGCAAGUGCCUCAGGACAGAGUUCAAAGUCACAGGUGUUCUGAAAAAAGUACACCCUCAGCAGUGAUAGGAAACCAGAAAAAGUCAAGCAAAAUGUCGGGACAGACACAGGGAAUAGCUGCUGACGGUCAUAACUUGCCUCUAGAGCAAGCAGAACAAGGGUCGGAGAACAGCGAGUUUGAGGGUCGGCAUGUUUUGUCAACAUCUGUCAGCUCACAACUCGGAGCCGAACCGUGUUCUCAGCAGAAUUUGGUGAUGAUAAAUACUGAAGAGAUCAUAUUAAUCAACUCCAGCUCUGAUGAUGAGGAGGAGGAAGGGCUCAACCAUUCAGGAAUGGAACUCUCAGACAGCGACCCAAUGGAGGAAUGCUACAGGAUCUUCAUGGAGGCAAACAAUGAGGGAAAAGGAACUGAAGAGACUCCUGGUGGACAUUUAGGGGCUGUGGAUGCAGAGAAGAUGGAGGUAAAUGUCACAUCCAAGGGAUUACCAGGAAGGAAAAGAGUGGCUCAUGAAGCCAAACAAACAGAGCAGCCAGUAGCUAAGAGCAGGCCUCAGCCGCAGGUUUUGGUUCCACUCUGUGAGCCAGUAACUUCAGGAUUUGGCUCUAGACUCUCUGUCAGUUCCAAAACCCAGCAGGUUCAGCAGAGAGCCUCCACUCUGACUGCUUCAGUUAAAGGUGGGCAGGCUUUUGUUUCCUCCACCUCUCAGAAGAAGCCAGAGACCCAGUUUACACCUUCUGUUUUAACUCAGAACCCUGCAACCCUGCAGCCCGCUCCUGUGCGCAAUGCUUUUGUGAACUAUAUACCUUUGGGACCAGCUGUUAUUGAAGUGGGCAACAACUUGCAUUUGAUCCUUCCAGACAGUGCCUUCCCUGUGCCCAUUUCUUCCAAUUCCAAUCCAGUUACUCCAGUUUUAACUCCAAUAAAUCAGGUUCACACAAGGGCCCUUGCUGUCAAACAAACAUACCAUCCACAUGCAGUUACUCCUAUGCAUCCUAUGCAGCGAUGCCGCCUGACAGCACCAGUGCUCAUUCCUGCUGUUGCACGCAAACCUUUACUAAACUCUACUUUUACAUCUGCAUCUUUACGUUCAAGUUCAACUAUUUCUACUGUUCCUCAAAGUUCUGGUCAAGCUUCUGCAAAGCCGUUGCCUGCUAAACGAAAACUGAAGCAGCAGUGUGAGGCUGCCAAAGACAAAGUGCCCCAUGAUGUCAGACAGCGGUAUGUCAACAUGUUCACGGAGGAGUUCCUCAAAACGACACCCAAUGUUAAUGAUGCCUUUGAAAAGGCUCUUGCUGAAGAGAAGACGGUGUACAAUCGGAGUGCGAACAAGCUCAAAUACAUGAGUGUUGCAGUGAAUGCACUCAAGAGGCUGAAGAGCCAAAGCACUGUUGCUGCUAAAGAUGAAAACAAAGUCUACAGUCAAAAACUGAAAGGGAACAUACCUCUUAACCCAACGAAGUUUAAAGGAAAUUCAGAUGACAUGGCAUUGUAUGAGAGUCUGAAGGAUUAUAUUUUGACUGAUGAAAAGCUAAUUGAGAGCAACUAUCCCGUUCAACACCCAGAGAAACGUGGUUCUGCAGUUCUUUUUGCUGAAAAGAAAGUUAAUGCAGAUGCACUGAAGAGGAUCUGCUGUCGCUGUGGUGCUACAUACUCUGUGAGCCAAAGUGGCAAACACAUUCGCAAGGAGGAAUGCAACUACCAUUAUGGGAAGGGAGUUGAGAAUAGAGUGCCCGGUGGAGUGGAAACUCGCUACAGCUGCUGUCAGGGAGUCAUGGGAGCCCCUGGAUGUCAAGUGUUUAAGUUACAUGUCCAUGAUGCCCUCAGCCUGGAUGGGUUUGUGUCUACCAUCCCCCAGGGUCCCUCAGACAGGAGCUGUCCUGGUGUCUAUUCCUUGGAUUGUGAAAUGUGUUACACCGUUCAUGGUUUGGAGUUAUCCAGAGUGACAGUGGUCAACUCGAGUCUGGAAGUUGUAUACGACACCUUUGUUAAACCUGAAAACGAGGUCAUUGACUAUAACACCAGAUUUUCAGGUGUUAGUGAGGAAGAUGUGAAGGGUCACCAUGCUUCUCUAAGAGAUGUCCAGGAGACCUUGUUGAGCUUCAUAAAUGCUGACACCAUUCUGGUUGGACACUGCCUGGAAACAGACCUCUGUUUACUCAAGCUGCUCCACGGGAUGGUGGUGGAUACAUCGGUAGUCUUUCCCCACCGCCUGGGCCCCCCUCACAAACUGACCCUCAACAAGCUCACAGCUGAAUACCUCAGAAGGAUCAUUCAAGAGAGUGUUUGUGGCCAUGACACUGCAGAAGAUGCUACUGCCUGUAUGGAGCUGAUGCUGUGGAAAGUCAAAGAAGAUGGAAAACUGAAAAAAUGAUGGAAAUAAAAUUAUUCCUGUACACUUCAUAUGGGGGGAGGGGGAACAAAUACUAGCUGUGAUUCAAAUGUAUUAUUUUGUGUAAACCUCGUUCAGGACAUGGAGGGCAGUUUGUUUUUUGUUAAUGUGAUUUAUGUUAAUGAGUUCUGUAUGUAAAAGUUCAAUUUGGAGCCCAUCUUCCAUAUUUGUAUAAAUGUUGACCACAUGUAGUGCCAAGAGGACCCA